UCGGAGCAGCCGCCGAAGCGCCCGGCCGGCCGCCGCCACAGGUCCCGCCCCGGGAGCGCCGUCGCGGUCGCUCCCCGCUCUCCGCUCGGCUCCCCUCGCCUUCCCUCCCCACCCUUCUCCUCCUCCUCCUCCUUCUCCCCUCUCCUCCUUCCCCACACGCUCGCCCGCCCGCCCCCGCCGGCCCGGCAGGGAGAGAGAGCCGCGCACACGCACCGCGGGCUGGGCAGGGCCGAGCCGGGCCGGGCCGAGCCGAGCCGAGCCGAGGAAGGCGGACUUUCAAGUGCUGACCUUCUUUAUCUAUUAAGUUAUUAUAAACUUUUGCUGCUCUGCGAACAUAUAAAGAUGUCUCGCAGCCCUGAUGCUAAGGAAGACCCUGUGGAAUGCCCCCUUUGCAUGGAGCCUCUGGAGAUUGAUGACAUCAACUUCUUCCCUUGCACCUGUGGCUACCAAAUCUGCCGUUUCUGUUGGCAUCGUAUCCGCACUGAUGAGAAUGGACUUUGUCCUGCUUGCAGAAAGCCAUACCCAGAAGAUCCAGCAGUGUACAAACCACUCUCCCAGGAAGAGCUGCAAAGGAUAAAAAACGAAAAGAAACAGAAACAAAAUGAGAGGAAACAAAAGAUAUCAGAGAAUCGCAAACAUUUGGCCAGUGUACGGGUUGUACAAAAGAACCUUGUCUUCGUGGUAGGGUUAUCUCAACGCCUAGCAGAUCCAGAGGUUUUGAAACGACCAGAAUAUUUUGGGAAGUUUGGUAAAAUACAUAAAGUUGUCAUUAAUAACAGCACAUCAUAUGCAGGCUCACAGGGUCCAAGUGCCAGCGCAUAUGUAACCUACAUCCGGUCAGAAGAUGCUCUCAGAGCCAUACAGUGCGUCAAUAAUGUGGUGGUAGACGGCAGAACACUCAAGGCAUCAUUAGGUACAACAAAAUACUGCAGUUAUUUCCUAAAAAAUAUGCAGUGUCCAAAACCAGACUGUAUGUAUCUACAUGAGCUGGGAGAUGAAGCAGCCAGUUUCACAAAAGAAGAAAUGCAGGCGGGUAAGCACCAGGAAUAUGAACAGAAACUACUGCAAGAAUUAUACAAAUUAAACCCCAACUUUCUUCAGUUAUCUACGGGUACAGUUGACAAGAACAAGAACAAAGUGACAGCACUGCAGAGGUACGAUGUACUGAACAGUAAUAACAAAGAUGCCUGGCCAUCAUUACAGAGUUCAAGUAAAUCAGCCAACAGCUUAACAAUGGAACACAGGAAAACGCCUCCUAUAUUAGAAAAUGGCACAGACCCAGAACACAUGACUCCAGAUGGUGCAGACUCAGAUUUCGGCCCUAUCGACAAACCUUCAGAUUCCCUCAGUAUAGGAAAUGGUGACAGCUCCCAGCAGAUAACAAACAGUGACACACCUUCACCACCGCCUGGUUUAACAAAACCCAAUCCAGUCAUACCCAUCAGUUCAUCUAAUCACAGUGCACGGUCCCCUUUUGAAGGGGCUGUAACAGAAUCACAGUCGCUCUUCUCUGACAACUUUCGGCACCCUAACCCCAUCCCUAGUGGGCUUCCUCCAUUCCCCAGUUCUCCACAGACUUCAAAUGACUGGCCUACAGCACCAGAACCACAGAGCCUCUUCACAUCAGAAACUAUACCAGUAUCUUCCUCCACAGACUGGCAAGCAGCUUUUGGGUUUGGUUCCUCCAAACAGCAAGAGGACGACUUAGGGUUUGACCCCUUUGACAUCACCCGCAAAGCCUUAGCAGACCUGAUUGAGAAGGAACUGUCAGUCCAAGACCAACCUUCCCUCUCACCCACAUCUCUUCAGAACCCUACCCCACACACUACAACUGCCAAAGGGCCAGGCUCUGGAUUUCUGCAUCCUGCUGCACCUGCAAAUGCCAACUCUCUCAGUAGCACCUUUCCACUCAUGCCACAGAGGUUCCCACAGUUUCAACAGCAUCGAGCAGUUUACAACUCCUUCAGUUUUCCAGGCCAAGCAGCUCGCUAUCCUUGGAUGGCCUUCCCACGCAAUAGCAUCAUGCACUUGAACCACACAGCAAAUCCCACCUCAAAUAGUAAUUUCUUGGACUUGAAUCUCCCACCACAACACAGCACAGGUCUGGGAGGGAUCCCUAUAUCAGACAACAGCAGUUCUGUAGAGAGUUUAAAUAUGAAGGAAUGGCAGGACGGGCUAAGGGCACUUCUACCGAACAUUAACAUCAACUUUGGUGGACUGCCCAAUGCUUCUUCCCCCUCCAACGCCAACCACAGUGUACCAACGUCCAACACUGCCACCACCGACAGCCUGAAUUGGGACAGCCCUGGCAGCUGGAUGGACCCCGCAAUCAUCACAGGUAUCCCAGCCUCCACAGGAAACAGUUUAGACACCCUUCAAGACGACAAUCCUCCACAUUGGCUAAAAUCUCUUCAGGCCCUCACAGAGGUGGACGGCCCCAGUGCAGCGCCGUCACAGACACACCACAGUAACCCCUUCGGCACACAGAUCCCUCUGCACAGAGCCAGUUGGAAUCCCUACUCUCCUCCUUCAAACCCCACCAGUUUCCAUUCCCCACCCCCAGGCUUUCAGACAGCCUUCAGACCCCCCAGUAAAACGCCCACAGAUCUACUACAGAGCUCAGCGCUGGAUCGUCAUUAGGAAAGGUGGAAAAAAACAAAACGUUAGAAAUGCAGGAAAUGUCCCACCCUGACUCCUCCCUAUGCCCACCUACUGUUCCCUGUCAUAUCUUUCUUUCUGAAGAAUCCAGUUCCUGAUCAAACCUCCCCCCCAAAUGCAAUGCCAUCGCAGGGUCAUGACCAGAUCUUUUUGCUAAGUUUCUGCUGAAGCCAGUGUUGGAAAUACACUGUUUGAAAUAAUUCCUAAAUAUCCUAAGAAAAAAAGAGAGAGAGAAAUCAAAAUGCAGCCUCAAUGCUUAAGGAGAAUAUUACUGUCUUAUGUCUUUUUGCACAUGAGUAUUCCUGCCUAGUGGAAAAGUGUCAGCCUACAAUAGGAGAAAAAUGCAAUGCAGAAUCCAAUGCAGAAAUACGGAAAAGGUAUUUAAUUUAAAUGAAGUUACUGAACAUGUGGGGCAAGCAGCGGCCUAACAUUUGUUUUUGCAUUCAGUGUGGCACUACACAGGGAAAAUGCUAUCUUUUUUUUUCUUUUCAGAAAAGGCAACUUUAUUGUGUCACUCAGUAAGAGGUUUGACAUGAAGUGUGUUGAAAGACAAAACACUUAGAGCUAUGAGUAACUGGCAUGUUGCUGAAGAGUGGUUUAAAGAGGGGAGAAUAAGAUUAUUUUUUUUUAAUUUUGGCUUUAGGUUUAAAGUAAACUUUAAUGUUUUAAAAGUAUUCACAGAUUUAAUACCUAGUGUAUACAUAAUAUAAUUAUAAGCAGCUGAAACACGAGUGAUAUUUACUUCAGUCUUUGUCUCCUCUGUCAGUCUCUCUUUCUUUUUUUUAAAAACAAAGAUUCACCUGAUUAGGGCACUCUGGGAUAGCACUGCAUUGGGGCCACAUGAUCACCAUCAGGAGCAACCUCUGACCUCCUCUGCCUGCAGCUUUUACUUAACCCUGUAGUUUCUGGACGUUUGUGCAGUAUUGAAAAGACAGGAAAGAAACAUAAACAUGGUUAUAACCCAACGCUAAAACUAAAACCAAGGAAAUGUACCUCUUUCUUCAGAAUUAAAACUAAAAUCUUAAAUAAAACAGAAAACUUGAUGA